AUGUCUCAAAUGAUUGAGCCAAUCCGCCGCACCCGCGCCAAAAAUGCAACUGCUCACCCUGGUCAAAUUGUGCUAGAUGCCCAACAGAAGCGCCAGAUGCCCAAAGCAAAGGCAGCUGAUGAGAAGCGCCUCAAAGCCGCUCAAGAAGCCAAGGAAGCACUGGCUGUGGCGGGGCUUAACCGGCUUGCAGAACUGCAGGCCAGCAUGGAAGAAGCCCAGGCAACAACGACAAAGCCCAAGGCUGGUACUGCCAGUGCAAGCAAUGACGACGAACCUACCAUUGUUGGCGGCAUCACUACGAGGGCACAACCGGCAAGGGAGGAUGCUGACAAAGAUUUCCUGGCAGGGGACAAUGAUUCAGGUGACGAUGGGAGGAAAAAGAAAGGAGGGAAGAACGCACAGUCGCUAAGCACUGCCAUAGUCAAAGCUCGCAAGAACUUAUCCGCUGCAAAGGCUGAUAGUCGUGAUCAGCCACGUGUGAAUGAGAAAGGCAACUCCUUACCGGCCAAGUCAACUUUGGGUGGCCGCGUUCAGAACUGGAGAAAGGAUGUCUACUAUGAGCCAAAAACCACAAGCAAUUCACUCACUAGCGCAAGUCAAGUUCCUCCAUCUACCAUAUUUUCAAAGUCUCAGAUAUUGCAUGACUCAACUGGUGUCAUGCAUGUUAAUUCUGCAAGGAAGAGAAAACAAUUCGUGGACAUAACUCAAGGCAUUUCCGAAGAGGACGAUCUCUUGAGUCCGCAAGAGGAGAUUGAUGAUAUCGUGUAUGAACCAGCUUCUGAUGAUGAGGAAGCCAUGCAGGUUGAUGAAAUAGAGGAUGUGGUGAAGAAGCCUAUUGCAGUCAAGAUGCAGCAAGCUAACACCGUGAAAGUUUCACGUACUACAGCUGCGACAUCCGUUGGUACUGUGUCUCGCUGUGACAACAAAGUUCCCCCCUCAAAGAAAGCAAAGACAAUACACAUGAAGUCUGAACACCCAGCAUCCACCGCCAGUGCUGGGCCUAAGGGGGAUGGCAAUUGGGUGGAACUAGUGUCAAAGGUGUGUUCAACAUACCUGAACACCGAUCUUCCUCCAGGUUGCCACGAAGAUGGAAAAUGGGCCAGGCAGUUUUUACCAACGGUCUUUCUCUGGCUCGGUGCUCAGGAUGAACUUUGGACAAUUACUGAUGUGAAACUUCUUCAUGCAUGUCAGGAAAUUUUCAAGGUUGUCUUCCCAAACAUUCAAUACAAGGUUGUAACAUCUGGUUCAGUUUUCGGUGUAGUCACUCAGCGUGUUAGUGAAUGGCGCAGCAACUUUGGAUCGACUGCGCUUGCUAUGGUGGUUGAUUUUCUAAACUCAAACAGAGACACCUCUCCACAAACACUCGCAAAACUCUUCCUCGCUGAAUUUGCGUUUCUGUACCCUGAUCCUGAGAAUAUCGACAAGGCUGAAACCUUCCGCUCUGCUUUUGUGCAAGAGCUGCUCACUACUGCACAUCUUGCCCGGAUUAUUGGGCAUGCUGAUGUUCCCGCACUUGAUACCAAUACUCUAGCAGACAGUGGCAUCACCGGCGCCCUUGGAUUGUGUGCAGUCUGUCAUAUCCCGUAUUCCAGACCUUCGUCCGAUGAUGUUCCCACGCCUUCCGGAUGCACAUCCGGACCUCCAUACCCUUAUCCAUGCCUUCAGUCCUCCAGUCCACUAUCGCUCGAACGCGCCUUCACCCUUGUCGCCGACAACACCAUUGUUGUUGAUGAUCCCAAGGCACCUGUUACCAGACGAAAGGCUCGUUUAAAGACACCAAAGUUUUUCAACAAGGUAACCGGAAAGGAAAUGGCCACUGAGCAUGCAUUCUCGAUUGCCAAGUGGGGCCCGAAAACUGCUUCAUUCAUUCAAGGGGCGAAUAAGAAGGGUGUGGAAUCAAACCGGCUGACAAUGUCCAUGGCCUACAAGUACUUGAAGAAACCUGGCUUCAACAAUCACAACAGCCUUGACUCAGCGGAUAAGAUGGAUGACCGUGCGGACAUCUGGUGA